GCGUGUGGCGGGCAGGAAGGGCGGCUUUGUCGGAGCGAGCUACUUUUUGGAAUGCCCCGGGAGGUUUCUUGAAAAUACGUUCAUUUUAUCUCUUCCUCUCAUGCGCAACACAGUAUAUUUUCCCACAGUUCCUAACACGUCGGUUAUCCUCAUCUUCCUGACACAAUUCGACAGUCGUUGCUAUCGUGUGGGAGUUGCCCUUAGGCUCGUUUGGCUACCGCAUGUAGCCUCUGUGUUUUCUUAGAACAACAAAAAAAAAUAUUGUUUCUGCACUGCUCUCAAUUCCUGUGUUCUGCUGACGCACAAUGAACAGCUGUACUCUGGAUAGUUCCAAUCAAGGAUGGUUCACCACUGCUCUGGUUAUUCAGCUGAUAACAUGUGUCUUUGGCGUGAUUGGAACCAGCCUAAGCCUGUGGUGCCUCCUGACGUGCAAGCGCAUCCAGACGGGCAUGAAGAUCCAGCUGGGUCUGUUCUUCACCUUCCUCCUGUUGCUCUGCGCGGUGGCCAUGCCCGGGGCGGUCGUGGUCGAAUUCCGGUCGUGGCUGUGCUGGGAAGAGUCGCCCGCCCUUCGACUAGGCUUCGUCGGGCUCUACACCAUCGCCGUCGCUCUCGAGAGAAACAUCUUCGCUGUGAUUGCCCUGUAUAGACUGGUGGCCGUGUGUUUCCCGCAGAAGUACAAGGUUCUGUCGCGAUGGGCGGUGGUGACUGCGGUGGACGCGUGUGUCUGCGCGGGCGUCUUGGCGCUGUGGAUUCCCAUCUUCCUACGGCAGGACGCCCAGGCUGUCGACAUAAACAACCCGAGCAGCUACAGCAUGGGUCUCGUGCUCUACUACAUGGUCUUCUUGUUCCCCAUCUUCGUGUGUGUGUUUGCCUAUGCCAUUUUGAUUAUCGUGAUGAUGGUGCGAAGGCGUAAGGCGGAGCAGAACAGCGGGUUGAGGCCGAGCUGCAACGACCAAGUGAACUUAGCCGUGGGGGCGCUCAUCCUGACCAACCUGCUGCUGGAUGGGCCUCACAUCAUCGUGCACAUCCUGGCUAUUCCCUCGAAGGACCUUGCCUUCAUCCUCAUCCACGUCGUUUACCGCCUGCACAUCGCGCUCGACCCCUUCAUCUUCAUCGGCCUCAACUUGCACUACCGGCGGAAGAUCCUGCGGCGCGGCCUGGCCUGCUGCCCCGCCUGCGCCAGCCUCGUCGGCGGCACCUUGGCGACCACCACUGCCGAGUCCAGCAGCCGACGACCGGAUAGUGUCGGGCAGAAGGUCCAUCCGUCCUGCUCCACGCAAGUCUAGAGGACACAGCGUCACUCGCUCUGAAUCCCCCGCAUGGCCAAGGGCCUCCGGUCUGGCCGAGCGGGUCCAUGGCGCUUUGCUCACUUCAUUAUCAUCAUUUGUACAGUAUAUUCGCUUUCAUUUUAGUUGUAUAACGUUGUCUACACAUAUGCACAAGCGCAUACACACAUUCACUAACGUACGCACACGAAUGCACGGACGCAAACACACACACACACAAAAACACACACAUUCACACAUACACACGCGCGCGCUCACACACAUAUAUAAAUGUAUAUAUGUGUUUGUGUGUGUGUCUGUGUGUUUGUGUAUUUGAUUUUCUUUCCCUCUAAAGACAGUUGGCGAUGGUAAAGACUCCAGAGUCGGACGUGAAUUGUUAGUUUCAUUUCCCCCGUCAACGGCGUUGAUUAGUUAGCUGGUUAGCAGGAUAACUCAAAAACCUUUAUGAUCAUGAUCCGGAUCCAGUGAUUCUUAAAAUGUUUCCGUCAGGUACCCCUACUGCCUUGGCACUAGGGGUAUGUUACCUCCGCCAAGGAGGCGAUUUUAAUGUAAUUCUUCAAGUAUUUUUAAUGUAUCAGUGACUCUCUUUCCUUGGCGGAGGUAUGCGCUCUGUUUUCUUUUCUGUUUCCGGACGGAAUAUAGAAAAGUAAACCGGUUAUUCCACCUACAGCUUUCUGUUGCAGAAGGUUGUAGGGGAAGGGAAUAUCAACAUCAAGAUUAAAAUAAAGAAGAAAAAAAAAUCAAUUUAGUGAUUUGGUUGAUGAUUUACGGGAAAUUGUUUUUUCCCAGGGAGAGGGAUACCAUGUCUGAAUAUACAUUUGAAAUGAAUUAUUUUGUUAUCAAACACAGAGUAAUUAUGUAAACUGCAAUAAGAUAAUCGACGCUUAGCAGUAAAAAGUCAUUUGUAAUAUUUUGAUUUGUUUUAUAUCGCUCGAUUUUCUUAUCAGUCAAUAAAAAGUUAUUUAUUA